AUUUUCUACAAACAAAAAUUGUAAUUAUUUUUCUUGUUAUAUUUUUUAUGAAUCUUAAAUAACAUUACGCAUAAGCAAAUAAAUUCGCUUAAGAAUUAAUUAAAUUGUUUUUUGCGUAAAUUCAACAUCAAGUUCAUUACACAUAAUGGCCAUAUUAUCGAUAUCUUAAUGAGACGUGAACGUAAGCGUGUUGUCUUAUAUUGUUGUGUGUGUUUUUUUUUUUUAAAUAUGAGUGCAAUGUUUUUAGUUGGAAUUGAAUCUAAGAAGAUGCUUUGGGUGCAGAAAAUGCUUAAUUAAAGUAAAUUAUAAUUCAUGUGAGAACGUAUGUGAAAGCAACAAAUAAAUAAACAAAUUUCCUUACAACCUUCGAUUCUAUGGAUUUAUUUGUGAACUAAUUAAUUUCGAAAGAUGAAAUAAGCAUAGCGAGGGAUGCGUGUGUGAUGUUUUACAUACUUCAUCAGUAAACCAGAGUUCUCAAGUUGAAUUAUUAAACAACAAAACCCUUUCAACUUCCCGUUGGGUCGCACGCCGCUGCCGGGGCUUGGUGGGGGCCACAUCAUCACGCAACUACUGCACUUCCUUCGGCAACAACUGCAACUGCCCUCAAUCAUCAUCAUCAUCACCAUCAUACUCAACAUAACCAUCAACAUACGGCAACUGCGACAAUCCAUAAUCAAUUGCAACAUACGGCCCAUCAUACCCACCCGCCACCUCACUUGCCCGCUCAUUUGCAUGCUACUCAUCCUCAUCAUACGCAACAUUUACAACAACAACCACAUCAUCACCUGCAACAACAUAACGCUGCUUCGAUCGGUUUGGGGACUGCGAAUCUAUCAUCGACUACAACGUUGCUGGGUGCGGAUGCAACGAUUCAACAACAACAACAACAAUCGACUACACAAUCUAACACACAUUCCACGCCUACACAUGCGGUUAUGUAUGAAGAUCCCCCUGCUGCCGUGUCUGUAGUUCAGCAGCAACAGCAACAGCAACAGCAACAGCAUCAACAACAUCAUCUUCCUCAAACACAACAAACAGCAAACCAACAGCAACAGUCGCAACAUAGCAAUAUCGCUACGACGCCAGUGAGUGGUUUAAGUCCUUCGCAAACAUCGACCGGACCUGCAACACAAACUCAACAACAACAACAACAACAACAGCAGCAACAACAACACAUAACAUCACCUCAUCAUCAGCAACAAGCAUCACAAUCGAAUUCAGUAUCCUCAGCAGCAACUUCAAGUAUUCAACAGCAACAACAACAACAACAACAGCAGCAAAAUACAGCAGUGGCGUCCAGCCAGCCACAAAUUGUUGCGCCGACUGCGGCGAGUGUUUCCCCUUCCAGUGUUAGCUCCCAGCCUCCAGAUAUGUCCCUCUCGCUAGCCCACCAAUUGCAUAUACCUGCGGCGAUAAGGCCAGGAUUUGAAACUGAAGCCAGUGCGGCCGUAAAACGGCAUCCACAUCCUUGGCCUUAUGAAAGUGAUGGCUUCAGUUCAGCCCAAUACCAUCAUGCAUCUCAAUACUACUUAGAUAGAGAACGUAAGCCCGGAUUUUACGGUUAUCCAGAAACGCCGCAGUUCCAGCCCUAUUGGAACUACCGCGAACAACCUAUAUCGGCUGCAGCUGCCGCCUACAUGAGUGCUAGCGAUGAUAGACAUGCCAGUGUCAGUGCUGUUGCAGCGGCCAGACAAUCGGUGGAGGGUACUUCUCAGUCAAGUUAUGAAACGCCAACGUAUUCGUCUCCCGGAGGUUUACGAGCGUAUCCAAGUGAUGCAUAUGCGAGUACAGGUGGUCUUGCGGUGGGUGCUGUUGGUUCUUGUACGCCUACCAAUCCCAAUCCCGUUCACGAAUGGACCGUGAAUGGACCAGUUUCGGCGCGAAAGAAACGUAAGCCAUAUUCGAAAUUUCAAACUUUGGAAUUGGAAAAAGAAUUUCUCUACAAUGCCUACGUAUCGAAGCAAAAACGCUGGGAAUUAGCAAGAAAUUUAAAUCUAAGUGAAAGACAAGUGAAAAUCUGGUUUCAGAAUCGACGUAUGAAAAAUAAAAAAAAUUCACAACGUCAAGCCAAUCAACAAAAUAAUAACAAUAGUACGAAUAGUAAUCAUAAUCAUGGACAAGCGGCGCAACAGCAUCAUAAUAAUCAUCAUUUAGGUUUGGGUUUGAGUAUGGGACACCAUGCAAGUAAAAUGCAUCAGUGACCUUUGGAUAACAGCAGUGCUGGCGCCAUGUCCUUUCCAGGUUACUAACAAUUAGCGAAUAUCAAAACUGAAACAUUAACGGAAUAUUAGCAAAGGCAACAAAACAACAACUACAACAACUAACAUAACCAAGUCAGUUAGACGAAGCGAAGAAAAAUAAAUAAACUACGACUCGCUUGCAUGAACCUGAGUUUACGAUUAAUAAAGCGUCAGUCAAAUAUUGCUGUUUUGGAUUAACAGAAAUUACACACACACACGAAAAAAAGAAGAAAAAAAAAAAAAUGAAAAGAAAAAACAAAAUAACGCGCAGUAUCCAAUUUAUAGCAAGUAUACAUACAUACAUUACAUACAUUACAUAGAUGCAUUAUUAGUAGAAAAUGGUUCAAGUUUUUUAAAAGGGAUAUAAUUUUUCUUUAUAUAU